UGAGGCAGCGGCGGAGCGGACCCGCAGCCUGCAGCAACAUCGCUGCUGAUAGCAGGGUGGACUUCAGAAGAAAACCUCAUCACAGAAUCUAAACCCACCGCUGUCAGCGCACACCCGAUAACUCAAGGCUCUUCCCAGAAACCUUUGCCCUGACAUCACAGAGGCGCCUGCUGAUGACGGACUACUGAAACCUUUUCUGACACAACUCAACCAACCCGAACCAGACCGCCAUGAACCCCCAGGAGAUGGAGCUUGGUCAGGAGGUUAUGGAAGAGGCUGAUGCCGCUCCUCGACAUCGCCACAACAACCAUAACAGCCGAUCCCGUAACCACAGCAACCAGGAAAAGCGCUACAGACGCUGUGAAGCCCCUGCUGGGAGUAGUGCGGGAAGCAGAGCCAGGGUGCCACAGCAGCGCCGGCCACAGGAGGAGCAAGACAUGGAGCUUCAACAUGGAGCUCAGUCUCCACAGCCUCAGCAGCCCCAGCCCAUACCCCGCCCUGCAGUGACACGUUACCGCCGACAGGGGGACAGCGAAGCCAGGAUCAGAGCCCAGCAGCAGAGACACAGACAGAGGCAGCAGAGAGAGGCAGAAAGAGCACAACACUUAGCACAACAACAGGAGAAGCAGCAACACACAGAGAUGACCCAGGAAGACGAAAGAGAGAGGGACGAUUCGGCGCUCGCCCGCUCAGCAAGCACAGAGAGCGGCUUCCACACCCAUACGGACCGCGCUGAAGGGGACGAUGGUCUUGUGGUGAUGUCCCUGGAGCCUGAGGGGCAGCCAGAGGCAGAAGACGAGGCAGGGAACUAUGAAGUCCAGCUACGGCCAGAGGCGGAGGGGUACACUGAGAGUGCCGAGGCUGAACAGCAACAUCUCCAUUCGCAUCCCUCCUAUCCUCCUCAGCCGCCGCCACUGCCACGUGAACCCCUGCCUGAUCUCCAAAAUCCCCACAGACAAGAUGAAGCAGAAGAGAUGCUGAACGCUGGCUACUCCAACUACGUCUACACGCAGCCCCUCAGCCACACCGGAGGACGGGCCAAUGUCUCGUCUGGUCAGAGCUCGGAUAGUUUAGACGCCAUCCUUGCAGACGAAGCUUACUCUGAGCCAUAUGACAUUUACUCACUCUCAGAGCAUGUUUAUGAAGAAAUCUGCGACGCCCCUGCAGCAGUUUCAUCGGCCGCAGACGGGGCAGAGGACACAGAGACUCUACAGCAGAGGAGGACCGGCUUUCAGCUGUUGGAGGGACGUGCAGGAGGAGGAGACUACCAUCAGCAGGAGGCCGUGGGUUCCCGUUUGCGCCACUACGACGAACGUUCGGAUGGCGAGUCGGACAGCCCAGAAAAAGAGGCAGAGUUCGCCCCAUACCCACGCGCAGACAGCUGCGACCAGGAGGAAGACAUUGACAGCAUCGUGGCCGAGGUCAAAGAAAGCCUCAGCUCUCAGAGUCUUCAUCGUGCUGCCGAAGACACCAUAGAUGAAGAAAAUGAGCUACAGCAGGGAGAAGACAAACCCGAACCUGAGUCCCAAACAGACUCGGAUAAAAACAACAAAGCUGCCAACCAGGGGAAGCCAGCCAGAAAACAGGUUGCGAGUCCUUCAGAGGAGCUUGUAGCAGUGAGGAACAGUCAGGAGAAGAGGGACGCCAUAUCCCUGGCCAUCAAGGACAUUAAGGAGGCCAUAGAGGAGGUGAAGACCAGGACAGUGAGAUCGCCGUACACGCCCGAUGAGCCAAAAGAGCCUAUUUGGGUAAUGAGGCAGGACCUGAGUCCCACUGCCGAGUGCGAGCUGCAGCCAUCACUGGGGGCUGAUUCUCCUGGUUCCGGCUCGCCCUCUCCUCCAGGAGCAGAGUCGUCCAGCAGACACCUGCUGCAGGAUGACAGCUUUGAGUCAUCUCCCUCCGGUAAAGAGUCCAGGAGAAGCCUUGCAUCUUUUCCCACAUAUGUAGAAGUCCCAGGCCCAUGUGACCCAGAGGACCUGAUUGAUGGGAUCAUCUUUGCAGCCAACUACCUGGGCUCCACACAGCUGCUGUCGGAUAAAACUCCGUCCAAGAACAUCCGCAUGAUGCAGGCGCAGGAGGCCGUCAGCCGCAUCAAGACGGCCCAGAAAUUAGCCCAGAACAGGAAGAAGGCCCCUGAGGGUGAGCCUCAGCCCAUGACAGAGGUGGAUCUCUUCAUCUCCACCCAGAGAAUCAAAGUGCUCAACGCCGACUCACAGGAGACCAUGAUGGACCACCCUCUGCGGACCAUCUCCUACAUUGCCGAUAUUGGCAACAUCGUGGUUCUGAUGGCCCGCCGCAGGAUGCCACGCCCCGACUCUCAGGAGAGCGUGGAGGCCUCAGACCCAGGUCAAGACAGCAAGCGCCAGUACAAGAUGAUAUGCCACGUGUUCGAGUCUGAGGAUGCCCAGCUGAUCGCCCAGUCCAUCGGGCAGGCCUUCAGUGUGGCCUACCAGGAAUUCUUAAGGGCCAAUGGCAUUAACCCUGAAGACCUGAGCCAGAAGGAGUACAGUGAUCUGCUCAACACACAGGACAUGUACAAUGAUGACCUCAUCCACUUCUCCAAGUCUGAGAACUGCAAAGACGUGUUCAUAGAGAAAGCCAAGGGGGAGAUUCUGGGCGUAGUCAUCGUGGAGAGUGGGUGGGGCUCCAUCCUGCCCACUGUCAUCAUUGCCAACAUGAUGCAUGCUGGGCCGGCUGAGAGGUCUGGCAGACUGAACAUAGGAGACCAGAUCAUGUCCAUAAAUGGGACCAGUCUGGUGGGACUGCCACUGUCCACCUGCCAGAGCAUCAUCAAGGGUCUGAAGAACCAGUCUGGGAUCAAGUUAAACAUUGUGAGAUGUCCGCCAGUGACCACUGUACUCAUCAGACGGCCAGACCUCCGCUACCAGCUGGGCUUCAGCGUCCAGAAUGGAAUUAUCUGUAGCCUUAUGCGCGGGGGCAUUGCUGAACGGGGCGGGGUCAGAGUGGGUCACCGCAUCAUCGAGAUCAACAGCCAGAGCGUGGUGGCCACCCCCCAUGAAAAGAUUGUCCACAUCCUGUCCAACGCUGUAGGAGAGAUCCACAUGAAGACAAUGCCUGCAGCCAUGUACCGCCUGCUGACCGCCCAGGAGCAGCCUGUUUACAUCUAACCAGACGAAGCCCUGACCUCAUACACCCUUUAAACUUCCUGCAAUCAUCCGUCAUCCCCCGAGCCGACCCCCUCUACCUGGCCCAGCUCUGCUUCUCCUGCCCCCCUUCUAUUCACUCCUGAUGGGCGAUAGUGAGUACAUGUGCAACUGGUGAAAAUAUGUUUACACCUGGAACAUUUUCAGCAACUAGUAGUGCUCCAGAAUCCUAAAAAAAUGUUCUUCCUGUUUCACUGUUGACACUCUGAAACUCGACACAUUUCACACUUUGAAUUUCGGCAGCAGAUCAUUCAAUCAAGUGUAUCUGUUCAGUUUAGGCAACUAAGACCGACUGUUGAUAGUUGUGCUCAUUGUCAGAUAGAAAAGGGAGAACUUUUCACACACUAGAAACCUUAUUUUUAACGAACAGGAACUGAACCCUGAUUGUAGACUUGAGGGCAAUCUGCACAUCCAGCCCUGACCUUCACACCCUGACUGUAUUUUCUGCCAUGCUGCUAUUUCACUGGCAGAUCACUGCCUGUGUCUUGUUAUAUUUCCGUCUGUUUUAUGUGCAUUUUUCAUGCUGUAGCUGCAUUUCAUGGGACCAAGCUUACUUUCACUCUCCCUACUUCCACUGCAAUCCACUCCAAUCACUGUACAAUGGUGUUCUUUGCACAACACAGAGCUCCCCGCAGAGGGAGUAUGUAAAUCUUGCUGACAAAUGACUGUGUGAGUACACACACUCCCCCUUGUCACAUUCCACAUGUUUGCUGUAUUGUACAAUAGUUGACGCUGCAGCUCCUCAUUUCUAACUCUGCUGUAGUCACGUGUUACAGUCGUUCUGUUUCAGUCCUGUUAGUUUGAUAUGUGUCUCCUCUGUACAUAGCACCAGCUGUAGCUCCAGUCAGCACGU